AACAGUGAAUAAGGGAUGAGUAAAGGAGACAUAUAUGUAGACAAAAGGGUUUUACAAAACAUAUGUUAUCAAUAUUUAUUUAUUUCUGCUUUUGUAUCAAGACCAUAUAAUGAUUGCUUGUGCCACCGGUGUUUUUCAGGUCCAGUGAGUCUCCAUAUUGCUUUAUGGAGGAGAAUAUAUAAAGGCACAAGGCUGCCAUUAUGGAAAGUCCCCACAUUAGCAGGAGCAUGGGAAUUCCAGCUCACCACCCAGAACUUGAUGUUCAAACGCCUUCAAAAUUGAAGGAUGAAAAUCCAGAGGUGAGGGAUCACCAGGAGGUCAAAUUAGAGAGACUUCCCAGUAUAUAUCAACUCAGAUGGAUCAGUAAGCAUAGUUUCUGAGCAAUAUAAUUCGUGCAUAUCGGACUAUUUGGAAAAUAACAAUACAACUCUAAGUAAAAAUGAGGAACCAGUAUCUACAAAUAUGAAUAAUUUGUGCAAGAAUUUUAGUUAUAUUGAUGAUGGUUUUCAGUCAGUUGUAGAUCGGAGAUUGAAAGAACAAUAUUUACCUAUCAAAGAACCCUGUAUAUCUCAAGAAGCUGAUCUAUCAAUGGGCAGAGAAAAUAAAAAUUUUGAAUAUGUAAAUUCAUCUCUUAAAACAUGUAAUAAAGAAACUGAUUAUGAAUCUGAAAUUUACAAGAAUAAUAUGAUGCACAGUUACAGAGAUUCUGAUGUAGAUUUUCUUGCGUAUAAUUCACAACUCCUUGCACAUCAGAGCAUAAACCCAAUGGUGAAACCGUUUGCUUGUCUAGAUUGUGGGAAACGCUUCAAUGAGAGCACUUCCCUAAUUAAUCAUCAAAGAAUUCACACUGGAGAAAGACCAUUUUCUUGUUUGGAAUGUGGGAAAUGUUUCACACUGAAGACGCAUCUUGUUAUACAUCAGAGAUCUCACACUGGAGAGAAACCUUUCCCUUGCUCAGUUUGUGGGAAACGAUUCAACGCAAGUGCGGGUCUUAUCAGACACAAGAAAAUUCACACUGGAGAAAAACCAUUUGAAUGUUUGGAUUGUGGGAAGUGUUUCAACGCAAAGGCAAGUCUUGCAAUACAUCAGAAGAUACACACAGGAGAAAAGCCGUUUGCUUGUUCCGAGUGUGGAAAACGGUUUAAGUCAAGCACAGACCUUGUUAGGCAUCAGAGAUCGCAUACCGGAGAAAAACCAUAUCCGUGUUCUGAUUGUGGGAAAUGUUUUACCAUGAAAACACAUCUCAUUACACAUCAGAAGAUUCACACGGGUGAAAAGCCGUUUAUGUGCAUGGAUUGUGGGAAAUCGUUUACGGAGAAAGGAAGUCUUGUUAGACACCAAGGUGUUCACACUGGAGAGAAACCUUAUGUAUGUUUAGAUUGUGGCAAAUGCUUUAGCCUUAAUUCUAACCUUAUUCGACAUCGUAAAAUUCAUAAGGAAGAGAUACCCUUUGCUUGCACUGAUUGUGGAAAAUGUUUCAGCCAAACCUCAGAUCUCAUUAAACAUCAGCGAAUUCACACAGGAGAAAAACCAUUUUCUUGUUUAGAAUGCGGGCGAUGCUUUAGCCGGAGUGCAAGUCUGGUUAGGCACCGUCGACUUCACUCAGGGGGCAAAUCACUAACCUGAGACAUUUAUGCAAAGUAUUUCUACAAUAUAUUAACUAGUUAAACGUUUGCUAAAAAGUAAGAAGGAAACAAACUUUUAUAAUUUGACUCCAUAGAUGGAAAGAAAAAACUGUACCGAUCAACUGUGAAAAAAAGGAUAUGGGACGUACUUGCAAAGAAUUGAAUUGCUGUGAUUUUAAUUAUUUUAUGAAUUACCUUGUGUAAUUUAUUGAAACUGACAGACCAUAGACUUAAUAAGAUAAAUAUUGUAACACAA